AUGACGUUCGAGAAUAAACCUAUUCUACUUCAGGGCCACGAAAGGUCCAUCACUCAGCUCAAGUACAACAGAGAAGGAGACCUCAUCUUCUCCGUGGCUAAGGACACAGUUGCAAAUGUGUGGUACUCCGUCAACGGCGAGCGUCUGGGCACCUACAAUGGACACACAGGAGCAGUGUGGUGUGUCGACUGCGACUGGGACACCAAGAACGUAUUGACCGGUUCGGCAGACAACAGCUGUAGGCUGUGGGACUGCGAGACAGGUAAACAGCUGGCCCUGGUCAACACAAACUCGGCGGUCAGGACGUGCGGCUUCGACUUCAGCGGCAAUAUCAUUAUGUUCUCCACCGACAAACAGAUGGGCUACCAGUGCUUCCUCAACUUCUUUGACCUACGGGAUCCACAGCAAAUUGAUGACAACCAGCCAUACCUGACCAUACCGUGCAACGACCACAAGAUCACCAGUGCUGUGUGGGGGCCGCUGGGCGAGUUUGUCAUCGCCGGCCACGAGAACGGCGAGAUCAACCAGUUCGGCGCCAAGUCGGGGGAUGUCCUGAAAACUAUUAAGGAGCACAACAAGCAGAUCAAUGACAUUCAGACGUCGGUGGACCUGACCAUGGUCAUCACUGCAUCCAAAGACAACACUGCCAAGCUCUUUGACUCGUCUUCCUUGGACCACAUCAAGACCUUCAGGACAGAGCGACCUGUCAAUUCAGCCUCUAUUUCGCCGAUUAUGGACCAUGUGGUAAUGGGCGGCGGUCAAGAAGCCAUGGAGGUGACCACAACAUCCACCAGGAUCGGAAAGUUCGAGGCCAGAUUCUUCCACGCUGCUUACGAAGAGGAGUUUGGCAGAGUCAAGGGACAUUUCGGACCUAUCAACUGCGUGUCGUUCCACCCGGACGGCAAGAGUUACAGCAGCGGAGGAGAGGACGGCUACGUGAGAAUUCACUACUUUGACCCACAGUACUUUGACUUUGAGCUGGAGGUGUAA